UAUUAUAUUGAUAAUGUAUACCGCAAUACUAAAACCAAAUUCUGUCCCUAUGAUGUACGAGGAACAAAUAUCAUACCUACACAUUCAAUUAAAAAAUAAUUUGACUGGGUAUUUUCUGAUAUGCCUAAUUUUGUUUCCGGUAUUCUCUGCUCAAUUAUCAUCUGAUGUCGGGCAAUUCAAUAAAACACAAAGCAAUACUUCCAAAAAAGCAAUCAAACAAAAUACCACAGAAUCUGGGCUGGCCACUUUCAUACAAUAUAAGCCACAGGCUGUUUCUGGCUGGGAAUGCAAUUGUUGGAAUGCAACACAUGAAUUUAAGGUUGAAUUAGAAUGCAAAUGUUCUGGCGAAUCACUUAUAAAAAUACCUCAGAAACUAUAUUCCUCAAUGGAGCGUUUGACUAUUGCUUCUGCCGGUCUCAUUAUGCUUCGAAGUGCUGGAUUAAAAGUGUAUGCGUCUUCAUUCCGUGAUUUGAUUCUUACCGAUUUGCAACAUUUUUACUGUAUUCAAGAUCAAGCAUUUGAACCGCUUAAAGUUCUACGGACAAUAUAUAUAGCCUACGCUCCAAAAUUGACUUUUAUAUCCAAAGAUGCAUUUAAAGGAAUAUCAGAUACAAUUAAAAUUUUAAAGAUUCUACAUAGUGGAUUAGUGAGCAUACCCGAUAUGCAAUAUUUACCGAAAAACGCAAUUCUGCAAAUCAUAGAUCUUACCGGAAAUAAAAUUGAACGUAUCUUUCGUAAAUCGAUAUUUAUAAAAACUGAACAAUUAAUCUUGGACAAUAAUACUUUGACUUUUAUUGAAGACUCGGCGUUUUCAGGGUCUGAAAUAGCUAAAUUAAGUUUUUCUGGCAAUAGAAUGCUUGUCACAAUUAGUCCAACUGCUUUUGAUGGGAUCAUGAAUAUUCAAGAACUAGAUUUGUCUGGUACAUCACUUUCUGGUUUACCAUCACACGGAUUAAACAAUUUAGAGAUAUUGCGUAUUCAAAAUACUGAAUCUUUAAGGACUAUUCCCUCUAUAUAUAACUUUCAGAACCUUCAAGAAGCCUGGUUGACUCACUCCUUUCAUUGUUGUGCCUUUCAAUUUCCAUCCACGCAUGAUCCAAUUAGACAUGCACAAAAUCUAUUAGAAAUAAAAAGAAGGCAAAUGACUUGUACAAACAAACUAAAGAAACAUUCAAAACAACGACGCAGUACUUUUAAUAAAAAACAUAAGAAAGAAAUGUUUUCUUUUGAGAAGAGAAGCAUUGAAAUCGGAACUGAGUCCUCGAUUACAACCCUCGAUCACUUUUCCGGUGAACAAAUUCAAUCAAAAGACAAUCAUGGUGCUGCUGAAGUUGAUUUUGGAGAAUUUCAUCAAACAGCAGAUAUUUUUCCUGGUUCUCAAAUAGAAGCUUAUUGUGGAAACGUUAACAUGCCAAAGAACAAUAUGAGCUGUUUUCCACUACCAAAUGCUCUAAAUCCAUGUGAAGAUGUAAUGGGGUCUGAUUGGCUGCGUUUUUCAGUGUGGAUUGUUGUUAGUUUCGCAGUGAUUGGAAAUGUCGCAGUUUUAGUUGUUAUUCUAUGUACAAGAUCGGAACAUAUUUCUGUUCAAAAAUUUCUUAUCAGCCACUUAGCUUUUGCAGAUCUAUGUAUGGGUCUCUAUUUAUUUUUUAUUGCAUCCAUAGAUGCUCACUCAAUGGGAGAAUACUUUAAUUAUGCUUACGACUGGCAAUAUGGUGCUGGCUGCAAGAUUGCGGGUUUUUUGACAGUUUUUGCUAGCCAUCUUUCAGUUUAUGCACUAACAAUAAUUACAAUAGAACGUUGGUUGGCAAUAACAAAUGCUCUUUAUCUUAACAAAAGAAUCAAAGUUAAACCUGCAGUUUACAUAAUGACGGCAGGUUGGAUAUACUCUCUUAUAAUGUCAUCUUUUCCUUUAUUUGGAGUAAGCAACUAUUCUUCAACUAGUAUUUGUCUCCCAAUGGACGCUCGGAACGCAUCUGAUAUAAUUUACUUGGUUUCAAUGAUUGGAAUCAAUGGAAUUACCUUCUCAAUAAUAGCUGUUUGUUAUGCACAAAUAUAUUUUUCGCUGGGACAUGAAACUCGACAUGGAGGAAGAGUUACAGAGAUGAGUAUAGCAAAAAAGAUGUCUCUGUUGGUAGUAUUUACGAAUUUUGCGUGUUGGGCGCCAAUUGCUUUCUUUGGACUUACAGCUUUAGCUGGUUAUCCUUUGAUAGAUGUUACAAAGUCUAAAAUUCUACUCGUGUUUUUUUACCCACUGAACUCCUGUGCUGAUCCUUAUUUAUAUGCUAUUUUAACAUCGCAAUAUCGAAAGGAUUUGUACGUUUUGCUUUCAAAAUUGGGGCUAUCAAAAAUCAGAUUAGUUGGACAAAGAGACAGUGAUACAUUACCCACAAAAAACACUUAUCAUAUCACAACAUUUAAGGGAAGAAGUUCUAUAAUUUCAAACACAGAUGCUGUUCAAGAAACAAUUCUCAUGAUUGAGACAAAUACCGAGGCAUAAAUAUGUUAGCUUUUGUAUCUUUUGGCAAAAAAAUGUAUUUCUUUAUAAAUACCUACUCUAAAAAAUGAU